AUGUUGCUUCCUGGGCUGCUGCUGCUGCUGCUGCUGCUGUUAGCUGGCACCCGCUGGCUGUGGGGCCAGUGGAAGCUCUGGAACCUCCAUCUCCCGCCUCUGGCCCCGGGGUUUCUGCACUUUCUACAGCCUAACCUUCCCAUCUACCUGCUUGGCCUCACUCAGAAACUUGGGCCCAUCUACAGGAUCCGCUUGGGGCUGCAAGAUGUGGUGGUGCUGAACUCUAACAGAACCAUUGAGGAGGCCUUGAUCCAAAAGUGGGUGGACUUUGCCGGCCGACCCCCGACACUGAGUGGUAAGGGUUGGCACAAGAUGGACUUGGACCUGUCCCUGGGGGAUUACUCUCUGAUGUGGAAGGCCCACAAGAAACUCUCUCGCUCAGCCCUGGUGCUGGGCAUGCGAGACUCCAUGGAGCCUCUGGUAGAGCAGCUGACCCAGGAAUUCUGUGACCGCAUGAGAGCCCAGGCUGGCACCCCAGUGGCCAUCCAUAAGGAAUUCUCCUUACUCACUUGCAGUAUCAUCUCCUGCCUCACUUUUGGAGACAAGGACAGCACGUUGGUACAUACCAUUCAUGACUGCGUCCAGGACUUGUUGAAAGCCUGGAACCACUGGUCCAUCCAAAUCUUGGAUAUAAUUCCCCUUCUCAGGUUCCUCCCCAAUCCAGGCCUCUGGAAGCUGAAGCAGUUCCAAGAGAGUAGGGACCAUAUCGUAAAGCAGCAGCUGGAGCGGCACAAGGACAGCCUGGUAGCAGGCCAGUGGAAAGACAUGAUUGACUACAUGCUCCAGGGAGUGGAGAAGCAAAGAGAUGGCAAAGACACAGAGCAACUCCAGGAGAGGCACGUGCACAUGUCGGUGGUGGAUUUCUUCAUCGGUGGCACCGAGACCACGGCUACCACACUCUCCUGGACUGUGGCUUUCCUACUUCACCACCCUGAGAUCCAGAAGCGACUGCAGGAAGAAUUAGACCUCAAGCUGGGCCCUAGCUCCCAGCUCCUGUACAAGAACCGAAUGCAGCUGCCUCUGCUCAUGGCCACCAUCUCCGAGGUGCUACGUUUGCGGCCUGUGGUGCCCUUGGCCUUGCCCCAUCGUGCAACUAGGGCUAGCAGCAUCUCCGGCUAUGACAUACCUAAGGAUACGAUCAUCAUCCCCAACAUCCAGGGCGCCAACCUGGAUGAGAUGGUUUGGGAACUGCCCAGCAAGUUCUGGCCUGAACGCUUCCUGGAACCUGGCAAGAAUCCCAGAAUGCCAUCCUUUGGCUGUGGGGCACGCGUGUGCCUGGGAGAGCCUCUGGCGCGACUGGAGCUCUUUGUGGUGCUGGCUCGCCUGCUCCAGGCCUUCACGCUGCUGCCGCCAGCAGAUGGCACCCUGCCCUCCCUGCAGCCCCAGCCUUAUUCUGGCAUCAAUCUCCCGAUUCCUCCCUUCCAAGUGCGGUUGCAGCCCAGGAACCAGGCACCCCAAGACCAGGGGGAAAAAUCCUUGACAGGAUAGGACGAGCCUUGUGCCUCAGUUUCUCUUUUAUUGCUCCGUUCCCCUCCCCUCCCCCCUGUAAACAUGGUGCUGUGAGGUUG